CUUCCAUAUCUAACUUUUGGUUGUGAGACAAAGGCAGCAGUGCUCUCUGAAAACACCAAAAACCUCUUUUGGGUUUUUGUGUGAAAAUUUGUAAUGGGGUUCAGAGUGGCUGUCUUUUUAGGGUUUGUGCUUCUCCUCUCAGGUGGAAAUCUUUGCUCUGCAACACAAAACAAGUCCAGCACCAAUGAGACCCUCCACCAGCUUCCACAAGACCAAGUGACAACAAGCUCAGAGCAGACAAAAGGUCAUCAGUCAAAUCAGACAGAGCAGAAGUACAUAGUCCAGGCUCCUGUUACCUUCCAGCUCAGGACCUACCAGCUCAGGAAACCAGCUGACAAACAAAAACUCCCAAAGCCUGUUGAGGAACAAACUCCUCAAAACAUGCCAACAGCACAGGGGGGGCAAGCAAACUCAGAGCAAACGGAAACCACCAAGCUGCCGGCCCAAGGUCCAGAUCUGAGCCUGCCUGUGAAGAAGGAAUCCAAGGGGCUGGUGAGGUUUGAGCAGCGGAUGCCUGUUCCCGCUGAGAGUGUGUCUGCACGCUGUGGCGAAGGAAAGGUCACCAUAGCGGUCAAACAGAACUUCCUUGGAAACGGUCAGUUGAUCCAUCCAAGUGAUCUAACCUUAGGAGGAUGUGCGGCCGUGGACACAGUUGACCACAUUCUGCUGUUCCAGACAGAGUUGCAGAACUGUGGCGGCACAGUUAUGAUGACCGAGGAGGUUCUCAUCUACUCGUUUCCUCUGAUGUAUGCUCCAACACCCAUUGGUGACACCUUCAUUUUAAAGACAAACCCAGCUGAGGUGACAGUCCAGUGCCAAUAUCAAAGGAGACAUUAUGUGAGCAGCAACGCUCUGAUGCCUACCUGGACAACAUUUGCCUCAGAAAGGCAAGCAGAACAGAGGCUGCACUUCUCCCUGCAUCUCAUGACAGAGGACUGGCAGUCACAGAGGCCUUCCAAUGUCUACUUCCUGAGUGACGUGAUGCACAUCGAGGCGUCUGUUCUCCAGGGUCACCACGUUCCUCUGAGGAUCUUUGUGGACAGCUGCGUGGCAACUGUGAAUCCAGAUCCUAGUUCUCAACCCAGAUACCCCUUCAUCAACAACUAUGGGUGUUUAACUGAUGCUAAGCUGACUGGAGCCAAGUCUUACUUCAUGCAGAGGAACCAGGAGGACAAACUUCACUUUCAGCUGAAAGCAUUCAGGUUUCACCAAGAUGACAGGAAUUCAAUUUACAUCACAUGCCAUCUGAAAGCGACACGAGUCGACGUUCCCAUUGACGCGCAACAUAAAGCCUGUUCAUUUCUGACUGAAGCUAAAAGAUGGGUGGCAUCAGGUGGAGACAAUAAGGUUUGUGACUGCUGUGAGACCAGCUGCAGUGGGCAGAGACGGAAAAGAAGCUCUGCAACAGAUGCUGAGCUGCAGUGGGAGGGGACGGCAGUUCUGGGCCCCAUCCUGUUGGAGAAUGGCUUUCUGCUUGAAGAUCUAACUGAGGUACCCGAGCUCCUGCCAGAACCAGUUCCUCAGCUCCAGACACAAGAAGAGAAUCGUGCUGCCUUGCGUUUCACAGCCUUGCUGUGUGGAGCAGGUGCAGCACUGGUUGUGAUGUUAGUUUUCAUGAGCGCUGUAAUUUGCAGAAGACUUCACAAACCCAUUGGGUAUUCUGUUUGUACCUGAUAUCGGAUAAUAAAACAUUUAUAACAAA